AUGCGCUUGGCCUUUGUUCUGGUUUUGGUAGCGGUGGCGCUGGGGUACUAUCUCCACGUCGCCCCGCUGCCGUUCGACGCCGAGGUCGGGUCGUGGGAAGUGCAACCCAACCCCGAGCGUCUGGGCGUGCUCGCCCCCAACACGCUGCUCAGCGAGUCCAGCUUCCUGGGCCAGGUUCAAGGCGCAGAGACGCUGGUGCUUGGUCCCGAUGGCCGUCUCUACGGCGGGACGGCUGACGGCUGGAUCGUUGCAGUUGACCGUUCCACGGGCGAGGUGGGUCCCACCUCUGAACGGCCGUAUUCCUCGCUACUGAAGACGGAGCACUGGGCCAACGUCAGAGGGCGCCCGCUUGGCUUGGAGUUUGACAAGAACGGUGACCUCAUUGUCGCUGAAGCCCUCAAGGGUCUGUUGCACGUCAACUCGACCAGCAAAGUGAUCACCAUCCUGUCGCACUAUGCUGAGGGCAGGAACAUCAACUUUGCCGAUCAACCAACAAAACGAAUCAUGGGGCGCCAGGACGUGGCCAUCGCCGAGGACGGCACGAUCUACUUCUCCGACGCCUCGUCCAUCCCCCCUACGCAGAUCGGAUGCAUUUACGAUCCGCUCUAUGCCUCGCUCCUUGACGUGAUCACCAGCAAGCCUCGAGGACGGUUGCUCCGUUACACCCAGCAGGGUGGCACCGAAUUGCUGUUGGACAAGAUUCACUUCUCCAAUGGCGUGACGCUCGCUCACGAUGAGUCCUAUGUCCUUGUGUGCGAAACGCCUCGUGCCCGCAUACUGAGGUACUGGCUCAAGGGACCCAAAGAUGGGAGUGGGCACUUCUGGGCGGCGUUGGUCGCUCCCAGGAAUCCCUUGCUGGAGGCCAUUGCGCCGUAUCCGGCCAUCAGGAGCCUUAUUCUUAAGUUGAAGCUGCCGCUUCUUGGCAAGCCGCAUGGCCAUAUCGUGGAGUUGGACGGGCAGGGUCGCGUGGUACGCAGCCUCGAGGGCGACACACAGAGCAUCACUGCAGUGACUGAGGUGGAGGGGCUGCUCUACUUCGGUCACCUCCACGCACCUUCCAUCACCGCCUUCCAGCUCUCCUCCACCCACUAG